UGCUCAUUUCUGUUCGGUUCCUUCGCAUCUGUUCGUCGACCAGUUUUACUGGUUAUCUGUCGUUCACUGAGUCGCGGUCCCCAUACCUCGCCGUCGUGCCUCCAUCCGUCCGUGCUGAUCGUCGUCGCGUGUGUGGAUAUCGCUUCGUUUGAGCCGCGCUGAGCCGCCGAUUGGAGCGACGCACUCGUGCCGGCCUGGGCCGAAGCGGUGAAGUGGUGCAGGUGUGUCGUGCGUGGGCAGCUGACGCCUAGCAGUGCGAGUUUGUUAGUUCCCUCCUUCGAUCUCGUUAAAGACCUUUCUGGGUUCCUGUUAGUCCCGCCGCUCAGUCAGCUGCUACCGUCGCCACACGUACACAGGUGUAUCUGGGUGAUCUGCUUUGUCUGCCGUCGCCUUCCGUCGCCUGCUGUCGCCGGUCGUCGCCGGGCGACGUCGCGAUGUCAUAUUUGCUGCCGCAUCUGCACAGCGGGUGGGCCGUGGACCAGGCGAUCCUGUCGGAGGAGGACCGCGUCGUCGUGAUUCGAUUCGGACACGACUGGGACGACGUGUGCAUGCAAAUGGAUGAGGUACUCGCCGGUGUUGCCGAAACCAUCAAGAACUUUGCUGUUGUGUACCUGGUGGACAUCUCCGAGGUGCCUGACUUCAACACCAUGUACGAGCUGUACGACCCGUGCACGGUGAUGUUCUUCUUCCGCAACAAGCACAUCAUGAUCGACCUGGGCACCGGCAACAACAACAAGAUCAACUGGGCGCUGAAAGACAAGCAGGAGUUCACGGACAUCGUCGAGACAGUCUAUAGAGGGGCAAGGAAGGGGCGUGGGCUGGUGGUGUCGCCGAAGGACUACUCGACCAAGUACAGAUACUAGGGGAUGGGCGGACUUGUCUUGCAUUGCAUUCUCAUGUUACAUAAGAUUGACGUUAUACAAGUCAUUACACAUGCAUGCUAACAAAGAGGUCCAGUAGUCUGGUCUGGUAUGGUGGUGUCACCUAAUGUAAUUUUUUGAAAGCGUGUAGCGC